UCACCCCGAGCAGUCUUGCUAGUCAGCGUUGGGAUGGAAACAGACUAUCUCGAAGGCACAGGUUUCCCCCAGCCGGUAGUGAUGGAGGCGCUGGACGAGGCCCAAGGGCUCCCUGACUCGCAGAGAGAGAUGCCACCGCCACCCCCUCCCUUGCCGCCCUCAGAGCCAGCUCAGAAACCACCACCUCGAGGCGCUGGGAGCCACUCCCUCACUGGCAGGGGGUUCGCCGCCUCCCAGUUCCUGCUUGCCUGUGGGGUGCUCUGGUUCAGCGGUUACGGCCACCUCUGGUCGCAGAAUGCCACAGACCUCGUCUCCUCCUUGCUCACACUCCUGAAGCAGCUGGGACCCACGGCCUGGCUGGGUGCUGGGAGCUGGGGCGUCCCCAGUCUGCUGCUGGUCUCUCUGUCUGGGGGCCUGGUCCUCGCUACUACUCUGGUGUGGCACCUCCUGAGGGCCCCCCCAGAGCCGCCGGCCCCACUGCCCCCAGAGGACAGGCGCCAGUCAGUGAGCCGCCAGCCCUCCUUCACCUACUCGGAGUGGAUGGAGGAGAAGGUCGAGGAUGACUUUCUGGACCUGGACGCCGUGCCCGAGACGCCUGUGUUUGACUGCGUGAUGGACAUCAAGCCUGAGGCCGACCCCGCCUCACUGACCGUCAAGUCCAUGGGUCUGCAGGAGAGGAGGGGUUCCAACGUUUCACUGACUCUGGACAUGUGCACCCCGGGCUGCAACGAGGAGGGCUUCGGCUACCUCAUGUCCCCGCGCGAGGAGUCUGCCCGGGAGUACCUGCUCAGCGCCUCCCGCGUCCUCCACGCUGAGGAACUUCACGAGAAGGCCCUGGACCCCUUCCUGCUACAGGCAGAAUUCUUUGAAAUCCCCAUGAACUUUGUGGAUCCAAAAGAAUAUGACAUCCCUGGGCUGGUGCGGAAGAACCGGUACAAAACCAUCCUGCCCAACCCUCACAGCAGAGUGUGCCUGACCUCACUGGACCCCGACGACCCUCUGAGUUCCUACAUCAACGCAAACUACAUCCGGGGCUACGGUGGGGAGGAGAAGGUGUACAUCGCCACUCAGGGCCCCAUCGUCAGCACGGUGGCCGACUUCUGGCGCAUGGUGUGGCAGGAGCACACGCCCAUCAUCGUCAUGAUCACCAACAUCGAGGAGAUGAACGAGAAAUGCACCGAGUACUGGCCGGAGGAGCAGGUGGAGUACGAUGGCGUGGAGAUCACCGUGCAGAAAGUCAUCCACACCGAGGAUUACCGGCUGCGGCUCAUCUCUCUCAAGAGCGGGACGGAAGAGCGAGGCCUGAAGCAUUACUGGUUCACAUCCUGGCCUGACCAGAAGACACCCGACCGGGCCCCCCCACUCCUGCACCUGGUGCGGGAGGUGGAGAAGGAUGCCCAGCAGGAGGGGCCCCACUGUGCCCCCAUCAUCGUCCACUGCAGUGCAGGGAUUGGAAGGACCGGCUGUUUCAUCGCCACCAGCAUCUGCUGCCAGCAGCUGCGGCAUGAGGGCGUGGUGGACAUCCUGAAGACCACGUGCCAGCUCCUGCAGGACAGGGGCGGCAUGAUCCAGACCUGCGAGCAGUACCAGUUCGUGCACCACGUCAUGAGCCUCUAUGAGAAGCAGCUGUCCCGCCGGUCCCCAGAGUGACCACCCCGGGCACCACCCAGCCUGAGUCUGGGCCCUGCCUGGGGUCCUGCACCUGCUCCCUACCCCUACCCCUGCCCCUGCCCUUCCGCUUCCUUCCCUGCAGUCUGCUCCCACUCGCCUCCCUCUGGUAGCCUGGACCUGCCCCCUGGUCCCUGGCCCCUGCCGCCAGCAUAGCUCUUCCUACUGUACAUACUGGGGAGUGGGUGGGGGAGGGAUGUGCAGGCCAGGCCGGGGCCCCAGUGCCUGACCCACGCCACGCGGACCGGGGCCUCAUUUUAACGGUGGUUCCAUCGCUACGUGAUCCAAUCAUUUCCAGG